AUGAUCUUUUCACCUGCUGUCCAUCUCUGUAUCUGUCCAUCUCUGUAUCUGUCCAUCUCUGUAUCUGUCCAUCUCUGUAUCUGUCCAUCUCUGUAUCUGUCCAUCUCUGUAUCUGUCCAUCUCUCUCUGUAUCCGUCCAUCUCUGUAUCUGUCCAUCUCUCUCUGUAUCUGUCCAUCUCUCUCUGUAUCUGUCCAUCUCUGUAUCUGUCCAUCUCUCUCUGUAUCUGUCCAUCUCUGUAUCUGUCCAUCUCUGUAUCUGUCCAUCUCUCUCUGUAUCUGUCCAUCUCUCUCUGUAUCUGUCCAUCUCUCUCUGUAUCUGUCCAUCUCUCUCUCUGUAUCUGUCCAUCUCUCUCUGUAUCUGUCCAUCUCUGUAUCUGUCCAUCUCUCUCUGUAUCUGUCCAUCUCUCUCUGUAUCUGUCCAUCUCUCUCUGUAUCUGUCCAUCUCUCUCUCUGUAUCUGUCCAUCUCUCUCUGUAUCUGUCCAUCUCUCUCUGUAUCUGUCCAUCUCUCUCUGUAUCUGUCCAUCUCUCUCUCUCUGUAUCUGUCCAUCUCUCUCUCUCUGUAUCUGUCCAUCUCUCUCUUUUUCUGUCUUUCUCUGCCCCUCUCCCUCCCUUUCUCCCUGCCUCUACACUCUUUUUCUGCCACCCCUCUCAUUCUCUCUGCCCUCCCACAUUCUCUCUGCCCUCCCACCCUCUCUGUGCCCCUCAGUCCCGCCUUCUCUCUGCCCCCCCAUUCUCUCUAUUUCUGCCCUCCCACGCUCUUUCUGCCCCUCCCACUCUCUAUCUCUGCCCCUCAGUCCUUCCUCUCUCUGUCCCUCCCACUCUCUCUCGGCCCCUCCCACCCUCUCUCUGCCUCCCCUCUCUGCCCCUCCCUCCCACCCUCUCUCUCUGCCCCACCCACCCUCUCUCUCUGCCCCACCCCUGACAGUAUCAGAUAAAACAGCAGGUCUGUGUCUGUGGAAACUGAUGAAGUGAUUAGUGAAGAUUUCAGCAGGUUCACUGGAGGCUCAGAUGCAGCACGACGUUCAGACUCCAUUUCACACGCUUGUAUUUGCACAACGCUUUGUCCUGUUGAUGAUAAUAAUAAUAAUAAUAAUAGUGUUGAUGUUAAAGGGGGAUUUUGAGUGCUGUGGCGUCUCUCAUUACUGAAUGAAGUAAGAUUUUUUUUCCCAGUUUAAAUGAAAUUCCUGUUAAAUGCUUUUUUUUUUCUAAAAGGAAAGUUUUGGGUGUGAAAUCUGAUGGUGUUUGUUCUGUUUGUUCAAGAUAAAUGUUAUUGGGGAAGACACGUGGUUGAGUUUAAUGCAGAAUGUGUCAGGAAGGAUGUGGACGGUGCAGACUUGGCGCCCCCUGGUGUCCACCUUGUGUAACACAAGAGGAAGUUAAACAGCUUUUGUUCUUGAUCUGGAGAUUAAAGUGGAGAAAUCUUUUGAUUGGCUGAAGUCGCUGUCAGUCACGCAUGAUCUUAACACGAAUCCGUUCUUGUUCUUUUUUUUCUUCUUUUCUUUUUUGUGUGAACGUUGUUGCCUAUUUGAUAUUUGUCAUAAUUUUAUUGUCUUUCUUUUUUUUUUCCUCCUUAAUUUAUAAUUGGAUGUCAGGGAAAAUUAUUCCAAAACACAGAAAAUUUGUAUAAGUGGGUUUCAUGUUCUUUAAACUCAAUAAAUGGAGGUAAAAUAACUUACUGA